CAAAAGUCUGAGCAGCGGAAAAAGAAUCUAUUAAUAUUGAUGCUGCAUCACCUGCUUGAAGAAGGCUACUCAGAGUCAGCAAAGGCACUAGAAGCAGAGAGCAACUUGUGUUUUAAUAAGUUUGAAGUUUGUGACAAUGUGGAUUUGGAAACUAUACUUAUGGAAUAUGAGAGUUACUAUUAUGUGAAAUUUCAGAAAUACCCAAAGGUGACUAAAAAGAUAUCUGCAGAAGCUGUUCAUAAGAAUAACAAGAAUAAAAAAAACUCCAGGAUGAGCAGCACACCGACGUUACCCAGGAUACCCCAUGCCCCGGACCAAUCCGGUAGUCCUUCAGCUAAUACAUCGGGAAGAAGAAGACCAAACUCCAGCACGGUAUCGCAGAGAAGGCAGUCCGGUAAUGGACCGAGAAAAAGCACUGAAGGCAAUAAACAAUCACCACAGGUCAAUGGGCAUGGUGACCCGCUAUCUGACCUUUCCGUAUCUGGGUCAAUGGUUAGCAAGAGUCAAGAGAAUGGAGCAACAGGAGGCAAGCUUCCUCCCAAGAGAGGGCCUAUCAUCGAUAUGAGAGCCAUGUUAAAUAAUGCAAUUAAAGGAGCUACGCAGGAGUACGUAGGAGAUGCUGAUCAUUCAGAUAGGAUAUUAAAGCCACUUGGAGGCUAUGCAGGUUACUCGUUAGAAUGGAGAGAGUUAGCGCAGAGUAUUAGUAAAGAUAUCUACCUACACAACCCUGAUGUAAGGUGGGACGAUAUAAUAGGUUUAGAUGCUGCUAAGAGAUUGGUCAAGGAGGCUGUAGUAUAUCCAAUUAAGUACCCUCAACUAUUCACUGGUAUCCUCUCACCAUGGAAAGGACUGUUACUGUACGGACCACCGGGUACUGGUAAGACUCUUCUAGCCAAAGCAGUAGCUACAGAAUGCAAUACAACCUUCUUCAAUAUCUCUGCUUCUAGUAUAGUAAGCAAGUGGAGGGGAGACUCGGAGAAAUUAGUCAGAGUAUUAUUUGAGCUUGCUCGGUUCCAUGCACCAUCAACAAUAUUCUUAGAUGAGAUAGAAUCGGUGAUGGGACAGAGAGGCAUGAUGGGAGGAGGAAAUGAGCAUGAAGGGAGCAGAAGAAUGAAGACAGAGCUUCUAGUACAGAUGGAUGGACUUGCCAAAACAGAUGACCUUGUCUUUUUAUUGGCAGCAUCUAAUCUACCUUGGGAACUGGACCAUGCAAUGUUGAGAAGACUUGAGAAAAGGAUAUUAGUUGACCUACCUGUACAAGAAGCAAGGAGAUCUAUGAUAGAGUACUACCUCCCUAGUGUUCUUAAUCCAGACUGUGCCUUGUCUAUCAAUACAGAUAUUGACUAUGAUUAUUUAGCAGAGAAAACUGAAGGGUACUCUGGGUCUGAUCUGAGAUUGGUUUGUAAAGAAGCUGCCAUGAGACCGGUCAGAAAGAUCUUUGAUAUCUUAGAAUCGACAUCAGAAAAAGGGACAGACAAAACAGCUGGCAGAUCAUCUGAUGAAAACCCUAAUCUUGUUUGGCACAAGGACACCAUGCCGGAUUUGACCCUUAACCCCAUCACGACAGCCGAUGUGGAGGCAUCGCUGGCUCACACGAAACCAUCAGCCAAACUACUCAAGGAUAAAUACUUAAAAUGGCAGAAAGAGUACGAGUCAGUCUAGGGAAGGUCUAUCUGUCUUGUGUACCAAUAUUGUAGUAGAGCUGGUCUUCUGCUGGAGAUCUAUGCUACAGUCUACAUCAUCGAGACUUGGUGGUGACUGAUGCUGCAUUGGAGAGUAGCUAGACCAAAAUACCUUGCUCCUCGAUGCAACCCACGCAGGUUACAACUACGCAUGUUCUUGAUGCUUGAGAUGCUGGAUGAGACUUUAAUUUAAUCUGCUAAAACCUAGCAGUAUUCCUGGAGACCAUUCCAUGAAAGCUCUCAGCAUCGACUAAUGGUCAUUCUCUGACAGUUGCCACAGUAACAGUCGGAGGCCAGUGCUUCUCAGCCAGCCAACGAUCUCGAAUUUAGUCAGCUCCGACAAAUGUCAGCAGAAGGCAUUGAUGAAACACCCCCAGAUGGAGUUGAAAUAGGACUCUGAAUUAUCUCAGAGAACUAUUAAUUUGAGUCUUGAGGAGUAGACUGAGAGAAGUAGCUCACUUGAACUAGUUUGUAUUAAUGAUGCCAUGGCCAGUAGAUGCAGUAAUCAUGCAGAUAUCAAAUGAUUUGUCCAUUUUCUCUUGGAAGUCAUACUGAUCGUGGUCCUAAUUCCUAAGUUCUCAGAGAUCUGAGAGUAACAUACUUGAGCUCAACUCCAGAAGCCUAUUGCAGAUUAAACACAACCUAACAAAAAGAAAAAAAAAUGAAUUGCAAAUUCACUGUUUGCACUUGUGAUUGCUUUUAAAAUCAAGUCACAUUUGAUUUUUGGACUUAAGUUUUAUCCUAACUCUUUUUGCAAUGGGCCCCAUAUGUGUAGUAGUGAUGAUCUGUGUUGACCAUAGCCACCUGGCUGAGUUUAAGUGCCUUGGUAAUCCCUGUAUUAACAAUAUAAGUAUUUUACAAUUUACUAGUCAAGGUUGUUAAAACUGGACUAUUUGGCAAGUGAUAGGUUCUUGAAUGCUUUGGAUUCGAUCCUUUUCUUACGCUAGAAAGAAAACUGAUGUAGCAAGAUCCUAGGGGAUCUUGAUGUUUAAAAGAGCGUCUGUGUUUUUCAGUGAUCCCGCUGUUAUAAACUAUUGUACUCUUUGCAUUCGAUGAGUUAAAAUUGACUUUGUCAAUGAAAAUCAAAGAUUCUUCAUGAAAUACUCUUGAGGCUCCAUUUUAUGAUUCAAAUCAGACUCAAUUUUGAAAUUAUAUGCACUUCUAUCUCAACAUACACAUUCCACUUCUAUUGUAUAAUACACAUUCCUUUUCAAUCUCAAAAUUAUGCUCAUGUGAAUCAAUUGCAACAUUUCGUGAUACAAUGUGAGCUGUAACUUGUAUGCCACGAUUAAUGGUUUAAAUGAUAGUGAAGCUUUACUACUUAUGAUAUUAGUUUAAAAUUGUGUGCUAUUAGCUAGAUAUCAUUUAGAUUAAAUGAUUGUUGAUAUUCACAUGCCUAGGAUUUCUUUCUUUAUAUUUGGACUUAAAGCAAAACCUGCAUAUCUAAAAUUUUGGUAAAGGUUCAGUUAUGUGAAUUUUACUAAAAUUUCAAUCACUUCAAAAGAAAAGGUUCGUGACUGUUAUGUAAUUUUUUAUCGAUAUUUAUUUUUUUAAUUUGAAUAUGCCAGAUAGAUAUAUUAAGAGCUCCUAGACUUUUAAACACCUAUCUUAUAUAUUAAGUUAUUGUUAUACAAAUAGAUUUAUCUUUAGAUAGUGAGGUGAUAUUUUCAUCUCUUUCCCUGCUUCAUAAGUGGUUUUAUACAUUUAAAAAAAAAUUGUCAGGACCAGACAAGUAUGAUUUUAAUAUUUUCAUUGUCAAAGUCUCCAAUGAAUAUUUUAUUUUGAUCACAUCCUUCAGAUGACAAGUCUUUCAUGCUUAUCUCUUCCAUUUUAUAUUACAGUGAAUUCAGACCUUGAAAAUCAAUAUUUGGAGUUAAAAAAAAAUAAAAACAGGCUUUGAAUUUCCUAAUUUUUAUGUUUUAAUAAAUCUAUCACUCCAUAUUGAAGAUUAUCUUAAAUUGCAUUAUUUUGACACUUUUUAUGCAAAACUGAAUUUCAGAAGUCAAUUAGUUGAAAAACUUAUAGGUCCAAGCAACAAGUAUGAAAAUAAUAUUGUACUGACUGUCCUUAGUCAAUUUCCUGGUUUGCCUUUUUGCGCCAUAUGCUUGAAACAAGGAUAUAAUGUAAGAAGUAACUUUGGUUGGUUCCAUGUGAUAACAAUACUGAUCUGAAAUAUCUGUUUUCUUAUAUUGUGUAUUUAACAGAAAUAUUUGUAUUGUAAAUAAUGCUGUUUUUACCUCGCCUGCAUAGCAGAGCAAGACUAUAGGCGCCACUUUUCCGACGACAGUGGCGGCGUCAACAUCAAAUCUUAACCUAAGGUUAAGUUGUCGAAAUGACAUCAAAGUAUAUGGACCUAGGUCAUUGAACUUGGACAUAAGGGUAAUCAAGUAUUACAGAACAUCCUGCCUUGAUUUCAGGUCACAUGACAAAGGUCAAAGGUCACUUAGGGUCAAUGAACUUAGACCAUGUUGGGGGAAUCAAUAUCGAAAUCUUUCCUAAGGUUAAGUUUUUGAAAUGUCAUCAUAACUUAAUAAGUAUAUGGACCUAGUUCAUGAAACGUACACUUAGUAUACUUAGUUUUUAUUAUCAUAUGAAUGUUUUCUUUUGUGAAUUAUUAUCAAUAGCUUUUUUCAAAGUCAGCACUGCUGCUAUAUCGAAUCACGUAAUGCAGGCGAGACUGCCAGAGGCAUUCCACUUGUUUAUGCUAUUUGUUAAAUUUUAGUUGAAUUCCGGAUUUGUUAAAUAAUUGAAUUGGUAAAAUGAAUCUAGAUGAAUGGAAGAAAAGUAUAGAUAGGCUGAUAAUAGGGAGAGAAACUAGUGAAUGGCUCUUUUGCUUUCAAAUUCAGUUAGUUUAUCUCAAUUAUUUAACAUUUAUAUGAAAAUAAAUUGUAAGGCUGUAUAUGAUAAAACAAAGCAUUAUUCAAAGUAACAAAAUUAUGCCUUUCUGUAAAAAAUUCCUCCAGAAAAAAAAAAAAUUUGGUCUCAAUCUUUCAUGCGAUUCAUUGGGGUAUCCUUCAGACAAAAUUGUUAAGUACUAUGGUGUAGUGCUUAUGAUUAUUUCCUUGUUUUCAGAGGGUUACGUGUUCAAAUCCCCCUAGAGCCUACUUUAGAAAGGCAUCAUUUCACACAUGGGUACUCUCCAUCCAGGUGUAUAAAUUAGGUCAUUAAUUAUUUUGUAAAUUACAACUUUUUUUAUGCUCAGCCAUUGUAGCCAAUGGAAAAUUGGCAUACUUUAUUUUGCAAACACAGUUUUAUCACCCUUUCGACAUUAUGUAUAAUGGGCCAUUCCAUUCAUUAACUUGAUAAUUUUCCAAGUGGACCAAUAUGAUUAAUUGUGAAUAGUUUAAUGAUAUAAUACAGAUUGAAGUGCCUAGGUGGAGGGUUUAUCAUCUUGAUGUGCUUUGGUAGGAAUUUUGACCAACAAAUUUUGAAGUAAGUUCAAAUUGAAUGCAUACCUCCGGUUUCUUAAAAGGAUAUUUUUAGUUCCUUUAUAAGGAAUAGCAUGUUUAUUUAUGUUAAUGUAAUAUUUUAAAUAUACCUGCAAAUGAUUUAUGUAUCACUGAUGCUUUUUGUAUAUUCAAAUCAUGCCCUAUAUGAACUGCAAAAUUGGGGAAUUAUCAAGCUGUGGACAUUUUACUUUCUAAAUCUUGGUUGUUGUUUCUCUUCAUCCAUAGAGACUUGUUGAACAGAUGUGCAUUAAUUCCAGUUUAGUUAAUGCCUUAGUUGAAAUGCAAGAUUAUGUAUGAUAGAACCAUUAGGUUCUUUGGGACAUACUCAAUUAAGACAGGCAAACUAUGUAUUUUAAUAUAUUAAUACCUUUUGUCCCACUUGAAAAAAAAGUAUGUUUCAGAUGAAUAUUGUUUCACAAGUGGCAAUUCCAACCAAGUCUACUACACAAUAAAAAAUAUUUACCUAAAUUAUACAUUUCAGCCUUCCAAAUAAUGAGACACUGUUUACAAAGCUUUGAUCCUGAAUAUUUUUGUUAGUUUUUUUUUAAAUAGUAUUUUAAACUUGCAAAGAUUCAUUCAUAAUGUUUGACAAUCAUGUCUUUAUUUAUUUUUUAUUCUAGCCAAUCAUUCACAAUUUAUUUUAUGUUUUAGAUAUAUAUAUAUUUCACAGGAAAGUGUUGUAGAUUGUAUGAUGUCUGUUAAAAAAAAGUACAGAGAACAUGUCUGCUCUAAAGAACACCUAGGAUAAAGUAUUAAAAUAUGCAUUAUUAGACAACUUUUUUGGACAGAUUGUACAUUUUUUGUCCCUAUAAUGUUUGUCAUUUUUCUUUCAAAUUUUUUAUUGAAAAUGAAGUUUUUCUUAUUUCUUCCUCUGUUUUUCAAGUACAUUAUUGUUGAAGUAUAAAGUUAACCAAGUGAUUAAAAGAACCCAUUGAAUUUUCAAAAACAUUGUUGACAGUUUUGCUUAAAUAAAGAAGUUGAUUGAGAUAUGUUUUCAAAGAUAUGUUAUUCAUAGAUCUAUAAACCUAGUAGGAGUGUCUUGCAUGUUAAUAUCUUUUACUUCUUGUGUGGUAAAUAGUUUGUUGUUCAGAAAAGUGUCAUUUUAUUGUGUUGAGUUAAGCCUAUUUUAAAUCGCAGUCUGUUACAUCUAAUAAUUUCUUUACGUCUUGUCUUUACAGCUCACUUGCACAUGUAGUUAUCUAUUUUUAUUAUGACAGUACAUUUGUUAUUUGCUUAAUGUAACAUUGCAACUUCUCUUUUUUUGUACAAGUAAACCGUCCAUAUUUAUAGCUUACUUUCAUAGUAUAAUGUAUUCAUAUAAUUAUUUGCAAUGUCUAUUAAAAAGGAGAUAGAAUUAUCUUGCUUUUUCUUUGAACAUUGUUAAGUGCAAUGUAUUCUUGCAUGAUUAUUUCAUGUAAGGUAUAUAUUUAGGGGUAAUGCCCUUGUAGAUAUGCGUGUAAAAAUUAUAGUGAAUAUAUAUUUUAGUACAGUACGUUUCUCUCUGUAUGAACCUGUAUAAUAUGCAAACCAAAAUCAGUCAUUGAUUUUAAUUGCUGUGAUGUGUCAGAUAAUGACUGGCAAAGUCUGUGGUUUUGCAAGUGAAAAAUAAAAUAAAAUUGGCCCAUUUGAAA